AUGUCAAUGAAUACUCAAGGGCUGUUUGUCAUUGGCCUUGAUUUUGGCUCCGACUCGGCGCGGGCCGUUCUGGUAAGCGCCGAGGACGGCAACGAGGUUGCAGUGGCUGUGGUGCCGUAUCGCCGGUGGAGCCGUGGCAAGUACUGUGACCCGCCACGUAGCCAAUAUCGCCAGCAUCCUUUGGAUUACAUUGAGGCCCUUGAAAUUGCUGUUCGUAAUGUGCUGGACCAAGGGCCUGCCGGUGUGAGAGAUCAUGUUGUGGGAAUGGCAUUUACCACCACAGGCAGUACACCAUGCUUUGUGGAUGAAAAAGGUGUUCCUCUGGCUCUGCAAGAGGCUUUUUCAGAGAAUCCCAACGCCAUGUUUAUUCUUUGGAAGGAUCAUACUUCGGUGAAUGAGGCAACGGCUAUAAAUGAGCUGAGUAAAAAAUGUACAGUGGACUACACAAUGUAUUCUGGGGGUAUUUACUCCUCGGAGUGGUUCUGGUCCAAGGCUCUGCAUGUGCUUCGCCACGACAGCCUUGUUCGCGAAAAGGGCUACGCCUUGCUGGAGUUGUGUGAAUGGCUUCCCGCGCUCGUCACAGGUGUUUCGUCUUAUGCGCAAGUGGCACGAAGUCGGUGUGCGUGUGGCCAUAAAGCAAUGUGGAAUGAAGAAUGGGGCGGAUUUCCCCCCUGUGAGUUCUUUGCACAACUCCACCCGGCCUUGGCCGCCAUCCGUUCUAGAAUGGCGUUCGAAACUUUUACGGCGGAAAAAGCUGUUGGCCGUCUUUCUCCGGAGUGGGCUCAACGUUUGGGGCUCAAGGAGACCGUCUCUGUCGCUGGAGGCGCGAUUGAUUGCCACAUGGGUGCCGUCGGUGCUGGAAUUGGCGAGUACACGUUUGUUCGCGUUAUGGGCACCUCCACGUGUGAUGUGAUGGUGUCGUCUCGCGAGGACAUCAAUCACCGGCGGAUCAAUGGUAUCUGCGGCCAGGUUGAUGGCUCUGUGCUUCCCGGCAUGAUCGGUCUGGAGGCGGGACAGGCGGCUUACGGAGAUGUGUUUGCCUGGUUUGUCUCACUGCUCGCCUUUCCGCUAAGAACGGUGGUUCAAGACUCUACCUUGAUCUCUGAAGAGGCGAAGAUGCAAAUCUGGAAGGAAUACAAGAAGGGCAUUUUUCGCGUACUAAAUGCAAAGGCGGGGGAAAUACAACCGGGAGCGGGAAAUGCAAUUGCUGUGGACUGGUUCAACGGCAGAAGAACCCCAGACGCCAAUCUUUUUCUCAAGGGAACCAUCAGUGGUCUUACGCUUGGGACGGACGCGCCCGGCAUUUUUCGUGCCCUUGUGGAGGCCACCGCGUACGGAUCAAGGGCUAUAGUUGAGCGGUUUAAAGAGGAGGGUGUACGCAUCGAUCGUGUGAUUGCAGUUGGGGGCAUCGCCAAAAAAUCGGCCCUGGUGAUGCAAGUUUUAAGUGAUGUUCUUAACGUUCCCAUACGUGUUUGUCGCACCAAGCAGGUAUGUGCUUUGGGUGCAGCAAUCUUUGCUGCAACCGCUGCAGGGCUGUACGACUCCAUUGAGGCGGCUCAGAAAAAGAUGAGUAGCGGAUUCUCUACCGAAUAUCAACCGUGCCCAACUAGGGCGGCGAUGUACAACAGGCUAUAUGAAUCCUACAACCGGCUUGGCUGUGCCACCCAAAAAGAAUUUUCUUCCAAUUUGUGA